AUGGAAACAGACGAGUAUACAUGGAAACAGAACCAAAUGGCCAUGGAGGAGAAGACAGAGGGUUAGAACGACACACAGAAAGAGGUAGAAAGAACGAGAAAAGAGAAAAUACCAAAACAGGGACAACAAGAAGAGGAGAAGAAGAAGGAGAUGGAGGGAGGAGAAGAAGAGGAGAGACACAAACAAAAGCAAAUAGAGAUGGAAGUGGAAGAAAGAGAGAACAAGAGAUGCAAGCAGCUAGAAAGGAAGAGUAUGGAGAAGAGACAGAAAAAAAUUGAAGAAGAAGAAGAAAGAAAGAAGCAUGUAGUAGUUAAUGUUAAAGCAAAAGCACGGGAAGUCUUCAACAGGCGUAAACAGAGGAGGUUAGAAGUGUUGAAGGGGGAACGAGAACAGAUGGAAAGAGGACAACAAAUCAGGAGGGAGAAGGAGGAAAGACUGCUGGAGAUGGAAAGAAAACAGGAGAGGGCAAGACGACAAGAGGAGCAGGAUAAAAAACGAGAGAUUGAAAUUGCUAGACAGAAAGAAAGGUUCAGACUAAGAGAGGAGGAGAGUCAGAGAGAGGAGGAGAGAGAGGAGGAGAGAGAGGAGGAGAGAAAGAGAGCCAUUGAAGGCCAUUUAGCUUUAAUCAGAGAGAGGGAGAAGAUGAUAGAGGCUAACAAAAGGGAGGAAGAGGAAAUAAGGAAGAUCCUUGAGAAGUACUAGAGGGGUGAGUAGAGAACCCUGAAGAGGAGAAGGAGAACCCUGAAGAGGAGGAGGAGAACCCUGAAGAGGAGGAGGAGAACCCUGAAGAGGAGGAGGAGAACCCUGAAGAGGGGGAGGAGAACCCUGAAGAGGAGGAGGAGAACCCUGAAGAGGAGGAGGAGAACCCUGAAGAGGAGGAGGAGAACCCUGAAGAGGGGGAGGAGAACCCUGAAGAGGAGGAGGAGAACCCUGAAGAGGAGGAGGAGAACCCUGAAGAGGAGGAGGAGAACCCUGAAGAGGAGGAGGAGAACCCUGAAGAGGAGAAGAAGAAUGAAGAUGACAAGGAGGAUCUUGUCCCACCCGAUAAAAGUAUCCGAAGGAGAUCUGUGGGCUGGGUGAAUAAGAGGUGGGAGAAGAGGAACCUCAGAAAGAUAGAGAGAACGUAUCAAGAGAGAGAAGGAGGGCCAUAAGAUCAUCCACAUUGGUAAGACCUGUUUUCCCUCUGCUUAUGACAUCAUCAUCAUCAUCUUUAGUCUCUUCUACACACACAUAAGUUACACACCAGUCAUCAUUUUGCAUCAUUGUUUCAAUAUAAACUACUGACCCAAAAUGGACAAGCUGAUCUGGUAUCAACUUAAAUGUAAUGUACACAGGGAAUGUAGAAUUGAAAACCCAACUGGAUCUCAAUGACCCUGGUAAAAAGUAGUGCACCAUAGCCUUUUGGGGGCCCUAAGCAACAUUUUGUUUAGGUUUUUGAGUACAUUUCCUCCAAAUAUACACUUUGCAAUGGGAAGACAAAAUAUUGCACUUUAUUGACAAAUACCAUGCCUUGCUCAAUUGAAAUGAGUAUAGAAUCAUUGAGAUCCAAUUGGGGGUUCUGUUCUUAAUUCCCUGUGUCCAUUGCAUAUAAGUUGAUACCUGAUCCCCUAAGUUGAAUGUGAACUCUGCUUCUUCUCCCCUCCCAGUCAUUCCUGGACACAUAGUGAAAACAACCCACAUCACCCGGGCCGAGAGAGAGAGGGAGAAGAGGAAGGAGCUCCUGAAGGAUGAGGAGAUAAGGAAGAAGCUGGAGGAUUAUCAUAAGCAGUGGAGAGCCCAGUCCCUGCUUAGAAAACAACAAACGUAA